AUGGCGAAGGCAGAGGGCAGAGGGCAGAGGGUGGAGGGCAGACGUGGAUGGUGUCCCUGCACACAAAAGGGAGGCUGGGCCGCUCAUGCCCUGCUCCGUAUUCAUGGGAAGCGGGAGACAGGAAGGGCUCUUCCUGUCGUCCAUGAGAGCAGUGCGAGCGAGGUGCCGCAUGGCGACCUUGAGAGUGGACGGACCGUGGAGAAGAGGCGGAGAGACUUCUUGCCCUUCGCCGAUGGGGUUGGGGGGGCAGUGGGCAAAUCUUCCGUGUGGUGCCGUUGCCCUGUGACGAGGACUAGCUGUGGGGAGACUGUGGAUAGGGCGGGAAGCCCCCACCCCAGCUUCAUGGGGAGCGCGGUCCCUGUUUCACACCACUACCUGCCACCUCCAGUAAGCUUCAUCAUGUUUCAGCCUCCAGUAAAUCACAUACUUGGGGACGACUUUGAAGACAUAAUUGGCACAGAACACCUCUUGAUUGUGGAGGAUGAGAAGCAAGAGAAAGAGAUAAAAACAGAGGAAAUGGAGGAAGAGGAGGAGGAAGAAGUAGAGAAGGAGGAAGAGGAAGAAGAGAAGGAAGAAGAAGAGGAGGAGGAGGAAGAGGAAGAGUUGAAAGAGCAGGACAAGGUGGAAAUGCUGGAGGUGGAAGAAGAGGUGGAGGAGCAGGAGGUGGUGGAUGUGCUGGAGGAGGAGGUGGAAGAGGUGGAGGACCAGAAAGUGGAAGUGCUGGAGGAGGAGGAGGAGGUGGAACAAGCAGAGGAGCAGGAGGAUGUGGAAGUGAUGGAGGAGGAAGAGGAGGUGGAAGAGGUGGAGGGACAGGAGAAAGUAGAAGUUUUGGAGGAGGAGGUGCGGGAGGAGGUGGAGGAGCACAGUAACUUGUCUUGCACCUUAUGGAGCAACAUAUAUGGAUCAAAUGACCCAGAAGAUGAGAGUCCACUCAUCUUUCCGCCUCCAAUAGAGAGUGAAGAUCUGGCCCCUGAGCCUUUGGGGGAUCAGAUCACUGAAUUGGUGCACACCUUGAUCUUCAAGCAUGGGGUUAAGGAGCCCAUCACAAAAGAAGAAAUGGUUGAGUUAGUCACCAAGGAGUAUGAAGAGCUUCUCCCUACCAUCUUGGAGAAAGCAGCUUCAUGCUUGGAGGUGAUUUUUGGCAUUGAUGUAAAGGAAGUGGACAGCAAUACCUAUGUCCUUGUCAACUCACUGGGCCUUACCUUUGAAGAUAAGUUUAAUGAAGCCCAGACAAUGCCUAGAAAUGGGCUCCUGAUCAUGCUUCUUGGGGUGAUAUUUUUGGAAGAAAACUGUGCUCCUGAAGAGAAAGUAUGGGCGUUUCUGAAUAUGGUUGGAGUGUAUGCUGGGCAGGAGCACUUCAUCUAUGGGGAGCCUAGAAAGUUCAUCACUAUUGACUUGGUGCAGGAAAACUAUGUGGAGUAUCGCCGGGUGCUCUACAGUGAUCCACCACGCUUUGAGUUCCUGUGGGGGCCAAGAGCCCUGGCUGAAACCACCAAGAUGAAGGUUCUAGAAUUUUUGGCCAAAGUUAAAGGGACUGAUGUAAUUUCCUUCUCUGAGUGGUAUGAAGAGGCAUUAAGAGAUAAUCAUAAUGAUAAUUUUGAAAGUGAUCAUGAAGAUGGUAAUAAUCCCCUUUUUGUCACAGACUAUUUGGAAUCCAUGCCUCUUGGCUCAUAUGAAGAUGCUGAGUUUGAACUUCCUCUGUUUGAUUUUGAAGUGGACAGUGCAGUUUUUCAAUAA